UUUGUAACAGCUGGAGCGAGGCCUAGGGCUGUCGCACAAAGAGAUGGAGGCCCAGGAAGAGUUCAGGCAGUGAGAAAUCAAAGGGCGCGGAUGAGAGCAAAUGCUGCCAGACAUCAAGCUGCUCUUGUUGAGGAAGAUCCAGAUUUAGUUGAAGAAGCUGAAGAGGAUGCGAUCCCGGAAACCACACAAAAAGUGGACUUUGAGGAUAGAAUGGGAGCCAAGAAAAGGGCGAAAUUGGAAGCCAAAUUAGAGAAGAAAAAGGCAAGGGAAGCGGAAGAGCAAAUGCGGGAGAUUAAAAAGAAGAAAGAUGAAGAACUCGAAGAAGAACGAAAGAAAUUGGAGGAGAAACAAGAGGAAGCAGAACGUCUACGUGAAGAGGCCGAACGUAAAGCUGAAGAGGAACGUAAAAGACGAGAACAGGAGGAGUACGAAGCGCUGAAGGCUGCUUUCACCGUGGACAGCGAGGGAUUUGAAGAGAAUGAAGAAGAGGACAAGGACAGUUUGCUGCGGGACUUUAUUGAGUAUAUCAAGGCUCAAAAAGUGGUGUUGCUGGAAGACCUAGCAGCGCAUUUCAAACUGAAAACCCAGGCGGCCAUAGACAGAAUCACAGAUCUCCAAGCAACAGGCGAGUUGACUGGCGUGAUUGACGACAGGGGGAAGUUUAUAUACAUUUCACAGAAGGAGUUGGAGGACGUCGCCAAAUUCAUCAAACAAAGAGGCAGAGUUUCCAUCACGGAUCUAGCUGAGAGCAGCAAUGAGCUGAUCAACCUUACCCCUUUGACGGUUUAGUUGUUUUUUUUUUUUUUGUACAGUGGCCGGCAUAUAUGUAAUUUGACUUAUGUGGAGUAUAAGUGCACAGCUCUGAUAAUCUUAAAAGAUUUUUUUUUAUUUUGUGACUGUAAUGUAAAUGUGCCUUCCGUUACAGCAUUUAUGCCAUUUUUCUUAACCGCCUUUAAAAAAAAGGUGGUUCUCAGUUUAUGUAUAUACAGGUGUAUGUAUCUCUUGUUUCGCUGAAAAGUAUUUGUAUAAUACACUUGGGAAAAAGAAGAAUAUCGAUUGGAGGCGGUUUUUGUUUACAAAAGUUAUUUUGUUUUUAUAUUUAAUCUGCUCGUCAUAAGCGGCUAUAAAACUGAUGCGUUCAUAAUAUUUAAAGAGUCUACUAAGGUCUAGCACAAUACUUAAUAGAACAUGUGGCAUAUUAUUAUGUAAUAUUGGUACAUAAUUUGUUAAUAUAAACAAGCAAUUGUUAUUUUUCUAAGUCAGAGUGUGUAAAAAAAAAGGUAUAUUGUUAAUACACAAAAAU